AUGCGGCGGUGUCGGAGCGCGGGGCUGGCAGCGCUGGCCGCGCUGCUGCUCGUGGCUGUGGCCAGAGCCCAGGUCCAGCAGGAGCCACGGCUGGAGACCACCGAGGGCACCGGCAUCAACAUCAGCUGCUCACAUCCCAAAAAAAGGAUUGAGGAUUACAUCCAUUUCUACCGCCACCUUCCGAGCCGAAGACCCGAAUUCCUAGCACUCACAGCUAGAGGGUCCAAAGAGCUGUCGGAUAUUGCAGGACAGCUGUUGGUGUCGGAGGACGGCCGGAGCAGCGCGCUGUGGCUCCGGCGGCCCCGGCGCGGGGACGCGGCCGUGUAUUACUGCGCGCUGGGGGACACGGGCAGAGGAGCCGGGGCUGCGGCCGGGCACGAACCGCCGCGGGCGGGGCCGGGCGGGGCCGGGGCCGCAGCGCCGCCCGCGGCCAGCAGGGGGCGCUGCCGCUCGGCCGCCGGGCCUCAGGCGGCUCCGCAGCUCCUUCCUGCGCAGCGACCCCGCGCACACCGCGCCCGACACAGCCCUGCACGGCCGCCGGACACACGGCUCGCACAGCCUGCCCCCUGCGCUUACACACUCGGCACGCACUGCCCGGCCUCCCCUCCGCCCCUCUGCCUCCUCUGCCUGGCAGGAAACUGCUGCGGGCUGCGGCUCUGCCAUGGCCUUUGGCCCUCUGGGCGCGUGCAUUGCUCUUCUCAGCCUGCUUUGCAAAGCAGAGCUGCUCCUUCAGGCCAGCAUCUGUGGUGGGAGCUGACAAAGCAGCUGCGCUGGCAGGCACACAUGGUCUCAUAAAUGGAGUGCCGUCACCUCAGUAGGUCCCAGCGGGAGAGAUGUUUGCAGGGAGUCUUGCUGAGGUGACAGGGAAAUCUCCAUCUCUGUCCCUGGGGAAAUGUCUCUGCCUCGUACUGGAACGUGGAUGAGAAGCCACUUUCCCAUCUAGAUGUGUAAGGAGGGUGUACUUUGAAUCCCACCUGAGGCUGGAAUUCGCUUCUCUACAUUUUCUUCUCAUCCUCGGCUUCCCCCAAACACCCUUGGAUGAGCAUUCAGCAUCGUCCUGAAAUAGUAGAACAUCUCGGAGGGAAAACAAGGAAUGUGUUGGAUUAGAGGAGCAUUUCACAUCAUCGGAGGGCUCUGUCACACCCACCUUCCACCUGAAACGGAUUGGUCCCUUUUCCUUCACGUUUGUCACUUCUCAGGCAGCCUGCAAAGCAGAUGCCAGGAUUUAGCAAUGCUGCAAGCGUUGGAGGGAGACACCUGAAAGACCGAGCUGCACAUGAGGUUUCCCUGCAGAGACUUGCUCUAGAGACCCCAUUUGCUUUGGGGACAGGAGCCGUUCAGCAUGAUCAGGAACUGCCUCACUUGAGCAAGUUCAGCAGAGGCCACUGUCAGGGCAUGUGCAAGGCCAGGGUGUCUGGUUCUCUAAGGCUCACGUCACGUCCAUUUCCCUUGCCAAGGGAAGAACAAGGAAAAGGGAAAGUGACAAACAAAGCACACAAUGACACCAAUGUGGCAGUAGGUGAUAAGGGAGAGGAGGAGGGAGCUCAUCAGGUUCUAAUUGAUGGGCCAUUAGGAAACUGCUGUGAAGUGGCUCAGGCUGAGCUUUGUCAGUGACAAGAAGUGACAAGAGGAAUGUUGGGCUUUUCAUGGGAUACCCUUCCUUCUCGAACCAGGGUAGAAGAGCAGAGGAGUCUGCUGUUGUGCUAAGUUCUUUAUUUCAUAGUCUCCUAGCUUUCUUGAAGGCAGAGUUCAAGGGGGUUACAUGAUAAAGCCAAGCAACAACAGCAAACAGCAGGCAGAAAACAGCUUCUUCUUCUAGUUCUAGUUUCUCUAUAAAUUUUUUCUUACAGAAGUGUGGAUUAUGUUUGUUAACUGACCAAUAAGACUAACACAUUAGUCUAGUUUUUCUUUUCUUAACCUAUCCCGGUCUAAUUCUAGCAGUCGUGAAUCUUACACAAGUGUUACAU